CUCUCUCCCCACCUUUCUCCAUCUAUAUAUAUUUUCUCUCCCCACCCUCAAACGCCCUAUCUCUCUCUCUCUACCUGCCAUUCCUUACCACUUCCCAUCUUCGAAUCUUCUUCUCUCUCUCUCUCCCUCCAGGUCUCCAUGGGCUUUCCGGUCGGAUACACCGACGUCGUUUUACCUAAUCUCUUCCUCCACACACUCUCGCUCCUUGGAUUCAUCCGCAACCUCAUCUUCCUGCUCUUCCACUACCUCGGCCUCUCCGAUUUCCUCGAAACCGAGGUCGUCUGGUCCGAAUCUCACGCUCGACUGCCCGACAGCCCCCCGGUGUCCGCGCUUCUGAUCCGCGAGAUCCUCCCCGUCGUCAAGUUCGGCGACCUCCUCGUCGCCAACGCCGCCGCCGACACGCCGGAGAGCUGCGCCGUCUGCCUGUAUGAGUUCGAGCGGGAGGAGGAAAUCAGGUGCUUGACGAAUUGCAAGCACAUUUUUCACCGGGCUUGUCUGGACCGUUGGAUGGAUCACGAUCAGAAGACCUGUCCCUUGUGCAGGACCCCCUUCGUGCCCGAUGAUAUGCAGGAUGAUUUCAAUCAACGGCUCUGGGCUGCUUCUGGAGUUUCUGAUGUCUACGGAGACUACACUUCCCUGUGAGAUUUUUUUUCCUUUUUAAUUUUCUGGGAUAUUGUAUUCUAUGAUCACCACGGGUGCUGAUCAUAUUGAAGCCGCGAAAUGUAUAUAUCAAAAUCAAUCAUAAAUAAUAACAAUAAAAAAAAAGAACAAAUUUUGAAUGA